AUGUAUAUGCAAGUAGUUGGAUUCCUUCUAAUCCUAAUAUAUUUGGGUGGGGAAAUUGCGCCAAAAAUGAAAGUUGAAAAAGAAAUCGUCAACGGAAUUUUAGUUCUUAUAGAAUUUCGUCGAGAAAAGUUUAGCUCGGUCGCCAAUUCGUUUUCUAAGUGUUUUAAGUAAAUUUUAAAUAAUUUUAAUUAAAAAAUGGCUAGAGUUAGGAAGUGUCGCGUUCGCGAGUGUGAGACAGAAUCUUCCGGAAGAUUCUUCUCAUUCCCUAAAAGAGAGGAGGAGCUCCUGAAGUGGGUGGAAAAUUUACGCAUCCCACCAUCGCAGGAUUUACCCACCCACAAUGCAUUUGUUUACAUUAAGCACUUCGAACAAAGUGCUGUGGGUGUGAAAAAGUUGAAGGCACAGGCUGUGCCCACCCUAAACCUUGGAUACGACGAACCCCCUAAGCAUUUGUGGACGACUCAAUUGCCGGUUCGAAGAUGCUGCAUUUCGAAUUGCGUUAACAGGCAGAAAACGCUCUACAAAUUUCCUAAAGAGAAAGAUGUUCGAGAAAGUUGGGCAAAGGCUUGCAACUUAGUUGUGUCGCCUUCCGAUAGUCUUUUUAUUUGUCGUAACCAUUUCGAUUCGCAGUACGUUACCAAAUUCAAACUAUUGCCUGGGGCUUUUCCCUGUUUCAGAUUAGGUUCAGCACUAAGUCGUAGCUCAUCUAGUGCUGACUCAAUUUGGGUGUGCCCGCCCGUUUCUAAAACUUAUGGUUGUCCUGAGGUAGCUGUAGGAAGUAAAGAAGAGAAGGACGACAUAACUUUGAGGGAAUUCGAAACAUAUUCAAUUUUAGAACAAAGGAGAUUAGAAUUAGAACCCCAAAAUGACGACGUAGGCUAUGCAUUAGAUAGUCGUGAACGAUUUGCUCGAUCGGCACGUUACUAUCAAAGUAAUGCGCUUAAAUUGAAUAAGAAGAUCAAAGAGUUGGAGGAUAUUAUUAAAGAUUUGGAAAAAAGGUAUCAAGACCUUAGUAAAUGUGCAAUAGUUGCGGAUGUAAAUUCAAGCAAAGAUGCUGUAACAUUCGCUAGGAUGAUCGUCGCGAAGCGCACUAUUUUCAGUGACGAUGAAAGGGCAUUGGCACAAAACAUUAAUUACAUGUCCAAUAAAUCCUAUAAUUUUAUGCGUGACGAUUUAGGUUUCGCUUUACCAAGCAAGAGCUCUCUAUUGCGAUGGCGCCCCAUAAAGUAUGUUGUCCCUGGGUUCGAUGCCAAUGUCUUGGGAAAUUUAGAAAAAAUUACAAAAAAAUGUCCGUUUUAGAACGAAAUUGCGUUCUACUAUUUGAUGAAAUAUCAAUUAAGACCGACCUAACAUACAAUAGAGUUAGGGAUGUUAUUGACGGGUUUGUGGAUUAUGGGGAAGGCCAUCGUGAAAUGAAAUUAGGUAGUAAGUGUUGUUUUUUCAUGAUAAAAGGGUUGAGUUCCAAUUGGAAAUAUGUGUUUUCAUAUUAUAUUUCCAAAAGUGGACUUCCUACAUUCAAAUUACAUGAAAUUUUGAAUAAGAACAUCACAGCACUAAAGUCGAUUGGUCUAAACGUAAAAGCUUUAGUCUGUGAUCAAGGGCCCGCUAAUAUUUCAGUUAUGAAUUAUUUAAAUAUUUCUGAAGAAAAACCCUUUUAUUUGCACGAAGGUUCCAAGAUAUAUUGUUUAUAUGACUAUUGCCAUCUUUUUAAGUCCGUCCGAAACACAUUUAUGAAAUAUGAUAUUUCAACUCCAGAUGGAAUAGCCAGCUUUAAAGUUAUAAAAAAACUUUACUCCAUAGAUCAGGACAAUACAUGUUUCAAGAUAUGUCCAAAACUCACAGAGGCCCACGUAUAUCCUAGCGUUUUUGAAAAAAUGUCCGUAAAACGUGCAACCCAAGUUCUGAGCAAUUCGGUUGCGGCUGGCAUAGAAAUGGCCGAUAGCCAAAAUUUAUUCGGCUCCGACGAAUAUAUAUUAAAAUGUGCAAAGCCUACGCAGUUAUUUGUUAAAAAAUGAAUGAUCUGUUCGAUGAUCUAGACUGCAAAAAUUUUGUUUCAAAAAAUCCCUUAAAAUAUCCAUUAUUAAGAACGACUCCGGGAA